AUGAAAUGAUUAUUUUCAAUUGCUUUAUUCUUCAUUGUUUAUAAAAGUUCUUAACUUAACUUAAUUAUCUGGUGUUUAAGGUGUCUAGUGCCGCAGCCCAAAAGGACCUAUGGCAAAACUAGUGACGUAGGCGAGCCAUCUUGGAGCAGGUCAGCCCUGGCCAAGCCUUCUAUCAACUCCUGCUUCACCAGUCUUGCUGCACGUCUCACCCGGCGCGAUGCCGUCGCCCUUGUCUCGACUCAGCUCCUGCGCGUGUUCCGCCUGAGGGUCAUCUUCCCGUGGAGAUGUGCUGAGAGGUAAAACCCCGAAAUCUUGAGAGGACUGAGGAGAAGUUCCUCUGGUUAUCCCCAGAGUUAAAAACCGCUAUUGCUGUCCAGAAGUUCUCGAGUGAAAACCUAACCCCAUAAAUAAAAUUCCAUGAGGGAGAGAAAAUUAGCAGAGCUAAUUUCUCUCGAACCGAAUGCCAUUUUAUUUCGUUUAUAAAAGUUCAAAACCUAAAAAGCCUAUAAUAAAUAUGCUGAACCCAGAAGAAGUUAACUGGAGUGAAAUAGUAAUUGAUGGAUCUAAUGGUAGACCCAUAAGUAUAUUUCCAAACAAUACAGUAAUAUCUGCUCGAUACCAUCCUUUGACCCUUGUUCCACGAAAUCUUUUCGAACAGUUUCAAAGAUUGCCAAACAUUUGAUUUUUAUUAAUUUCAGUUUUUCAACUCGUCAAUUGAGAUCUCAACCCUGUAAACUCAUGGACAACUAUAGCCCCACUUACAUUUUUACUCUUUAUUUCCCUUAUCAAAGUAGCAAAGAAUGAAUAUAACAGACACAAAGAAGACAUUAAAAUUAAUUCAGUAGAAUAUUUAUACUGAAAUGGCACAACUUUUGAAAAAAUCAAAUGCGGCGACCUUGAAGUUGGCAUGUUUGUGCUUGUGAACGACGGUGAAACAGUACCAGCUGAUAUGAUUUUAUUAGCUUGUAGCAAUGAGUCUUGCAAGGUUUAUAUUGAUACCACAAGUGUAAUAGGAAAUGGGAAUUUAAUUGAAAGAGAAGCUUUGUCAGAAACUCAAAAAUUUUUAAGCGCUGGAGUUGAGCUAGGAGCAAAACUUGAGAAAAUGUAUGGAUCAGUUAAAGUUGAAGAAGCCAACAGUGAUAUUUCUAGUUUUCAAGGACUUAUGAUAUUAGCUGGGCAUCCAAAAGGAAUUGAUGUUAAUAUUCAGCAGUUGCUAGUUAGAGGCUCAGUCUUGAAAAAUACAACUUGGGCUCUUGGAUUUGUAGUUUAUGCUGGGGAAAACUGCAAAAUACAAAUGAAUAUACGAUACCAGCUGAAAAAGACAAGCAACUUAGAGAAGCGACUGAACAAAUGGGUUAUAUAUAUAUUGCUCUUUGAAAUCAUUUUGGUUAUAAUAUCAAUGUUUUUAUACUUUUAUGCCUCAGAAAGUUCAUUUGGAAACUAUUCAACUUAAUUUUUAUAUCUUGCAUCUUUUGAUAUCCAUUGCCACAUCACAGAUGCCCGUGAUAUAAGCCACUUGGUUUUGCUUGAAUGGUGCCUCAGCUUCUUACCUUUGGAUUUCGACAGCUGUCCUUCCAACUCUUGAGCGAACCAACUUGCGUCUGCCAGGUACUUUAAAUGUCCCAGUCUUCACCCACGUGAGGUUGGUGGCACACUUCCAAAAAUUCCAUUUUCUCUAAGAUAGCUAUCCGAAGUUCCGAUUCCUUGGGCAUAAUAUGAGAAAUAAAAUGGUGACGUUGACGGAAAUUGGAUUCCGAGGCGCACCUCCUAUGGAGCUGGUAGGACCCAUUGCUGAUGAAGCUGAAGAUACAGGUCUCAUUCCUGUCCUAAGUAGGCCUUCAGUUGUGGGUAAGCCGUGCCGAAGAGGAAGUUUUAUUUCUCCCCCCGAAGGUUUUCCCUGUCCCUACCAGAUGGGCUAGACAGGUUUUUCCUACCACAUGGUCUUCCUUCAUCGGGACCAUCGGGGCACUCAGACAGAAGUGGCUCUGUCCAAAGGAGCUGAUCCCUUGGACAGGUGGUUUUGACCAGAAAUCAAGAUGGCGUCGGGCCCUGGGAGUAUGGCCACAUCAGAACCCGACCUGGAGUCGUCUUUCGAGCUGAGGUGUUGAGGUCCGCUGGUUCGCCCACGUAUGGCCUUUUAAAACUAACUAACUAACUACUAACUAACUUGGGCAUAAUAUGCUAUUUUUGCUGGGAAAAUUCUCUGGGCGAAGCCAAGCCUCAUAAUCAAAAUACUAAAGAAGGAUGAUCUGUUUGGGAUUACAGAAAAUCCGAAUGAAACCAUAUUUUGAUUAUUCCUUUGAAACUACAUUUUUCCUGAAGCUUUGGUUGUAUUUUUAAUACUCUACAGCAAUAUUUUUCCUAUUUCAUUAUUUGUAGUGAUGGAUAUUAUCAGAUUAUUUCAAUGCAAAUUAAUUUCAUAUGAAUUAUCUGAAAAUGUUGAUGUCAAAUGUUCAGAUGUUAACGAAAAUUUAGGACAAGUAGAGUAUAUAAUAACAGAUAAAACUGGGACAUUGACUGAAAAUCAAUUGAUGCUUAAAGCAUGCUUUAUAGGGCUCGAAGAAUAUAUUGAUGAAGAGUAUCUGUCAGAUGUCAUUGAAAAUCGUGGAUCAGCUGUUUCUGAAGAGCAAAGACUUACACAUUUUAAAACUAUCAAUGAAAUUUCGUCCUUUACUAAACAUACAUAUAAAGAGAGUUACGGACAAGAAAUGCAUGAUCACGAAAACACCUUUGAAAAAUUUCGGGGAAUCCUUGAAAAAGAAGAUUCAAGCUCUCUUAAAACUCAUUUCGUUCGAUGCCUUGCUAUGUGCAAUUCAUUAACAAUUCAGUGGAAUAAGUAUUAUGGACCUUCAGCUGAUGAAAUUGCAUUAGCUGAAGGGGCAGUUAGACUUGGAUUUAUCCUGCGUAACAAACUGGACGACCAAAUUGAACUAGAGGGUCCAGAUGGAUCUUUUAUAUUCACAGUAAUAGAUAACUCUGAAUUUGACCCAGAAACUCAAAUAUCAAAAAUUAUUGUUAAAGAAAAUGGAGAAGAGAAUGCUUAUUUGUACAUAAAAGGCUCACAAAUUGCAAUGAGUGAGCAUUUUGAACAGGAAACUGACCUUCUCAACACAAUUAAUACCCAAAUUGAUAGGCUAGGCAAAAGUGGUUUAAGGACUAUGAUUUUAGCAUAUAGGAAACUUUCUCCGUCAGAACUCGCAGAAUUUCAAAAAAAGGUCCAAGCUGCUAAAAACUCAUUGCUUAACCAAAAAUUGAGAAUCGAAAAUGCUUAUAAAGAUUUAGAAGAAAAUUUGAAUUUUUUACUCCCCCCCCUCCGUGAGUGAACAAAACCAUUAGAAAAAUCCCUAUUUUUGCCCAAAAACCCACCCUCCGUGAGUGAACAAAAAUUUUUUUAAUAGAAAAAAUUUUUUAUGGAAAAAAAAAUUGAUAUAUAAAUGAUAAUUAUUAUAAUGAAAUCUAGAGCUAAUUCUGUUUAUUUUUAAACGAAUUGCUUUUUAAAACAUAAAUUUUGCAAAUUGAAUUAAUAUUUUGCUUUCCAAUUUUUGCGAAUUAGGAUUUUUUUUAAAUUUCGAAAAAAAAUAUUUUUUAUAAAAUUUAUAUAUAAAAUUUUUUAAAAAAAAAAAAUUAACCCCCCUCCGUGAGUGAACAAAAUUUUUUUGUUCACUCACGGAGGUGGGGGGGAGUUAGGAAUCACAGGAAUUGAAGAUGUAGUGCUCCAAGACACAAAAGCAACAAUAAAUGAUUUAAGAGAAGCAGGAAUUAAAAUCUGAAUGGCAAGUGGAGAUAAUGAGAAUUCUUGCAUAUCGGCUGCUAGAACUUGCCAAUUAAUCACGCAUGAACCUAUUAUUAAGCUUCAAAAUUUGGCAGCCGCUCAUCAGGUAUACAGAGCUUUGCAAAAUGGGCUAGAGAAUUAUGUUUUUCACGGAAAACUAAGAAAAGAUGAAAGGAGAGAUAGCAUAUCAAAUUAUAUAGUUAGUGAUCACAAUGGAAGAGACAUAGAUGACAGUUUACAAGAAUCCCAACAUGCAGAUAAGUCGGAUGCAUGGCAAAGCGAAAAAUUAGAUGUGCGAAAUAGCAGUCAAGCAUUUAAAAACAAUGCUUUUAAGAAAUUCACAAGAAUCGGAGCUGUAUAUGAAGAUAUCGAUUUAGGAAACUUUACACCAAGCCAGGUUGAUUUUGUUGUAUCUUGCGAUAGAAUGUCGUUUAGAAAUGCUGUAGAAGACGAUAAGGCAAGAAAAUUACUUGUAGCUUUACUUUUUACAGCUAAGUUUGUCUGCUUUUCUGGGAUGAUGCCAAAAGAUAAAUCUGAUGUUGUGAAGUUAUUAAAAACCAGCUUUGAUUUUGAUCCAGUAGUGCUGGCAGUAGGUGAUGGAAAUAGCGAUAUUGCAAUGCUUCAAGAAGCUGAUAUAGGUAUAGGCAUUACUGGAAAAGAAGAAAGUCAAGCUAAAAAUUACGCAGAGCUUUCCAUAUCUCAUUUUGCUUUCCUGAAAAAAUUAUUACUUGUACAUGGGCACUGGAACUAUAGCAAGAUGAGCCAAGUAGUUCUGCUAUUUUUAUACAAAAACUUUUUAAUGACUAUGAUUAUUUUUGGAUUCUUUUUAGCAUCUGAUUAUUCAGGGUUUUCAAUUUUCAAUGGAGGGCUUAUCGUUGGCUUCAAUAUCUUCUAUACCAUUUUGCCUAUAAUUUCUUUAGGAAUCUUUAAUCAGCGAGUUUCUUCAGAGCAAAUUUUAUUAUGUCCUCAAAUUUACUCAAAAGGGAUCAAUAAUGAGUUCCUUAAUUGGAAAAAAUUAUUGUUUUAUAUCAUUUUAGGACUUAUUCAUACAGCAGCUGUUUUCUUGCUUGUGGUUAGUGUUAACCUUUAUAUUGUUAAAGACUCAGGAUUUACUUCAGAUUUGUUUUUGCUUGAGUUCAGCCUAUAUCCAUGUAUGGUAUUAACAGUAUUAUGCCAGAUUUGAAAGGAAACAAAUGUCAUAAACUGGAUCACUAUAACUCAAUUUAUUUUUUCUAUCGGGCUAAUGAUAGGAUAUUUAAGCAUAACAAAUGCACAUGAUUUUACCAGUUCUCAACUUCGAGGUGCUGGAGACGAAUUAAAUGAUUCCCAGCAUUAUGAUUUAAUUAUUAAAUACUAAUGCUAGCCAUGCUGCUAGCACAGCCACCAAAAGCAUCAUAUAAGGGGAGUUCUUUCGGUUUGAAUGAACUCCUACUAAUCUAGCCAUAUCGAUACAGUCUCCUCUUUGACUUGAGGCUUCAGUAUUGAGUGGGUGGCUAAUAGAUUUCUGGGCCCUGCAACUGAAAGAUUGAAGUAGCUUGGCUUCAAGGAUUAGCUCGCUAAAGAGCUUAAUUCCAAGAUUAACAGAUUAGAGUAGCUUGAUUCCAAGAAUUAGAUCCUCGGAGUGCUUUCGGUUGUUAGAAUGCCUUCUUUCGAUAGCUACAGGAAAAAGACUUUUCCCUUAGUAGAGGCAUGUCCAAGAAUUCAAAUGAUUACUGGACACCUCAAUUUCAACCAAAGAAAAGCUGCUAAAACCUCAGACACAUAUCUUAUGAGGUUAAGCUUGAUCCUCGCCCUCUAUCGCAAUUAGCCUUGGAAUUAAAGUCUGAACUGCUGCACCAAAUAACACCUGUCACCAUUUUAAUGUAUGAAAUGAUUUCCCCUGCGAAUAUUGCGGCGAUUAUUAUUAUUCCCCUGAUUUGCUAUGUAAUUUCUAGUUCUUAUGAUUAUAUUCACAAUUUUUUACUUCAUGGAGAUUUUGAAGCAAGCAGAAUAAUGCCAGAAAUUGGAGGCAAGUUUAAUCGAUUAAAAAAUUACGCAUCGAACCUUGAAAAAAUCUAUGUUGAGUCUUCGGCAUGAAAAAAUGAAAUGGAAGUAAAUGGAUUUCAAAUGAAAAAAUAUUCUAUGCAUUUUUAUGCAGCACAUAUAGAAAGAAAGUAUAGAGAAAGAUAUACAGGUGAACAUUUAAUGUUUUUUAGGAAAGUAUUUUUCCAGAUUGCGAUUUUAUUAGCAGCUUUUACAAUCGCUGUAGGAGCUAUUGGAAAAACAAGGGCAGCCUCAGCAGGGGCUAUAAUAACUUUUAGCCAGCUUGUAGCUUUAGGACUUUCGUUUACUAACUUCCCUCGAUCUUUGAGCGAAUGAUCCUAUUAAAAAUUUCCUAAUUUAGAAACUUAAUUUCCUCGAUAUAUAUUGAAAUUUUAUAUAACAAACAAAAAAAGUUAAAAAUCUUUUCCCCGCAGCUUUUUAUUUAAUGACAGCAAGUCGUUCAAUCAAAGAUGGGUUAAGUAUUUCAAACAACAUUAUAUUAUGGCUUGCUUAUUUUGAAUGUGCUGUGCAAUUUUAGUAAAGUUCAUAAUGGAAAUGUCGUUUCAAAUGGAAUUGGCACUGAUCACAUGUAUGCUAACAGAAUUUUCAUAUUUUGUGUUCGAUGUAAACUGAAUGGCUAUGACUUCCUUAAACAUCAUUAACGUGUUUCUAUAUAUCAUAUCUUGUGGCGUCUCCACAUAUGGCUCUGGCAAUUCAUCAGAACAUGUAGCUCUUGACAUUUUGACCUAUUGCACUUUAGUCCUUUCUAUUACCAUCACAUCAUCUAUUUCUUCUCGAGAAAUCGAAAAAUCCAAAAGAAUGGAACAAAAGCUCCUUCAUGAUAUUGAGGCUGAAUUCGAAAGUAAUACCUCCAUUUUAAGUCAGCUUUUGCCAUCGUUUAUUAGAAACCGUGUAAAAGAAGGCACAAGAUAUAUUGCAGAAGACCAAGGAGAAGUCACAGUUGUAUUUUGCGAUAUUUGUGAUUUUGAUAAAAUUUGCAAAGAAUAUACCCCUGAAGAAUUAACCUCAUUCCUUGAUUCAUUUUUCCAAACACUUGACCAGAUGUGUGAAACUAAUGGAAUAACGAAAAUUGAGACUGUUGGGAAAACUUAUAUGGCUUGUGCAGGAUUAAGGGAUUUUGAUACUGACUUAAGUGAAGAGCUGGCGAAAAUUCCACACACAAGAAGGGCCAUAGAGAUGAGCUUAGCUAUUUUGGAUCUUGUACAGAAUAUUGAAUUAAAAUUUGGCGGAAAGCUACAAGUAAAAAUAGGGAUCAACAGUGGAAAGGUCACUGCAGGAGUUGUAGGCCAUCAUAAGCCACAGUUUUCACUAGUUGGUGACACCGUUAACACAGCAUCACGCAUGUGCUCUACUAUUGAUUUACCUAACCAAAUCCAAAUUACGACUGAAGCUUACAAUAGCCUUGGUGAUACCAAAGGACUAUCUUUUUUAAGAAAUGAGGUAGAAGCAAAAGGCAAAGGAAUAAUGAAAACCUUCUUUGUUUACACAGAUAAAAAUAGUGAGCAAUUCCUUGAUUCAAACAUAAUGGAACCGAUGAAAAGUGGCAAAAAAUCAUCAUUUAUGGUCCCUUCACUUGGAAAUAUAACCACAGCUGGAACUAGAAAUUCUUAUUCAGCAAAUAAUGAAGGCGAAAAUUCUACGAAAAGAACUCAAGAAACUUUUCGAGAAAAAUUUGAGGUCACAUUAAAAUCUCAAAAUGAGCAAAAUAAAGCUGAAAAUAGAGUAAUUAAUUUCAAUUUUCAAGAAACUGAGAACGAAAAAGAUCUCAGGCUGGCUAAAACAAAAGAAAAUGCAAGAGUGCUAUUUUAUGGACUUAUUAUUGCUUUGGUGACAUAUUGUUUAUUAUUGCUAUACUAUGGAUUGAAAUAUGGAUAUAUAAGUGGGUAUGAUUAUAAUUCUAUACUUAUAGGUAGAAUCCUUGAUGUAGCAUUUUUGCUGAUUUGCUUAUUGGCUCGCAAGAAAUGAUAUAAACUUAUGCCCUUUUUAUAUAUAAACAAUCCAGCCAAUAUUGCGCAUCAUAUAUAUUUUUCUAAUUUAUUAUUUAUAAUAUCAUUAGCCUAUUCAUAAUACCAUGAAAUAGAUUUUUUCCUCUAUUAAUCGUCCUAUGCUUGUUUUGGCUACUCAUUGUAGUCAUAUUUAAUAUUAGCUAUAACACUGCUGCACAAACUGACAUGUCGGCAUUAGAAAUUAUGUAUCUGAUUGUAAUUUUAUCACAUGUCUCUGAUGGAAAUUUCAUUACUCAUUGCAUAGCUCUCAUAGUAAUUUUUUUCUCAUGGCUUGGAUUCGCAGUCGAUAAUGGUAAGGCUGAAGAAUAUGCUUUAAAUAUUGUCAUUGUAGCUAGCUCAGCCUUUAUUAAUAUAAUUGCAAGCUAUACAAGAGAGAAAAAGGCCAGAAUAAAUUUUAAUCUAGCUAAAGCUGCGAACUUAGAAAACCAGAAAACUGAGCAACUACUGUCAUUCAUGAUGCCAAAGUUCGUCUUAGAAAAAUAUAAGCAAUUUCGUGCGACAACUGACAGACUAUUUCAAGUUACUCUGCUUUUUGCAGAUAUUGUUGGUUUUACGGCCUGGAGUUCUGAUAAAACUCCUAUAGAGGUCGUAGAAAUGCUAUCCAACCUCUUCACCCGUUUUGAUAAAAAAUGCAUAGAAUUUAAUGUUUAUAAAGUCCACACAAUUGGAGACUGCUAUGUUGUUAUGGGAAUCACAAAUGAUAUUCACAGAGAUGUGGCUACUGAGUGCUUAAAUAUGCUAAAAAUGGCACAAGCCAUGAUAAAUAUUAUAAAUCAAGUCAAUGAGGAGCAUAAUUCUAGCUUAAAUAUGAGGAUUGGCCUUCAUACAGGAGAAGUUAUAGCUGGAAUUAUAGGGACUACUGUUGUCAGAUAUGAUAUUUAUGGUCCUGAUAUGCUACUGGCUAAUAAAAUGGAAAGUGGUGGAGAAGCAGGAAAAAUCAAUGUGAGCGAGGUCACCAGAGAAAUUUUAGAUGCGAGAAUUCCUGAUAAACUGCAAUAUACAUUCAAUAGAGAAACUGUAGUAAAAAGCAUUGACAGAGUAGUGAAAAGCUAUUUUGUAACAACUCCAAGUGAUUUAUUUUUACUCUAA